AUGGGCGAUUACCAUCCUUCCACAGGUGUCACAAACGUGGGAAAGGGACCUGUCUCUUACUCUACAUACAAGUCUCCCUAUGGACCCAAUGGCCUUACUCUAGCAGGAUUUGGUGCUUCAGCCGGAUUCUUCGCUCUCUUCUUCUUCUCCGACAUCCCUAAAGUACGAAACGAUAUCAUGGUUAAAAUUCCAAUCAUCGGUGACCGGUGGAGAAGGGAAAUUCCUGCAUCAGACAAUUGUUUUUGCAACUGUUUCUUGGGUAGAGAGGAUGGAGUGAAGACAAAAAGUGCAUGGGAGACAAAAUACCAGCCUGUACAAAAGAGAUUAUAUGAAAUAAACUUCACAUUCACACUCAUCCCAGUAUCCUCAUAUCUCCAUUUACUACCCAUGUAA